AUGUGUGUGCGCGUGUGGUUAGAGGUCGGUCAUGCGUGUGAGCCGCGUCGCGCCGCAUCGGGUCGCGCGUUGGCACUCGACUGGAGCGUGUACGUGCGCGGCGCGCGCGGCACCGACAUUAGCGCCUUUGUGCACAAGGUCGUCUUCCACCUCUACCCGGCUAGCGCCUUCGUCUAUCCUAAGAGAGUACUUCAAGAGCCGCCGUAUGAGAUCCAGGAGUCGGGCUGCUCCUCCAUUGAUAUCCCGAUACACGUGUACCUAAAGUAUAGCACUAAACCAAAGAGAAUACGCCUCAGAUACAGUUUGCACAUAGAAAAUAACAACGAGGCUAGUUCGGAGUCGAGGUGCCUUUAUUACGACGUAAACAACCCCUCGGAGCAGCUAUACAACGCCUUAAUGAAGGGCGGCGGUGAGGUAAUCGCACGAACCAGCUCCGCAGAUGCCAGCCACAAGCUUCUUGUGUUGCUCGAUGAAGAGAAGAAAGACUUGAAAAUACCACGCUCUAAAAGGUACAAGUUUGUGGAGCCACUUCGAUGUAAACACGCGCCAAAAACCAAAUACAUUCUUGAAGAAAUAUGUCCCAAAUGUGGGGAUUCAAUUAAUGCGGGUUUUAGGAAACAGUUGCGUGCUGUUGAUAUGACACAAGACGAAAUUGAACGAGUCUCGCACUUGUAUUUGUCAUUCAAUAGUUACGAGAAGUCCUUGAAUGCAAUUAAGUUGCCAUCGUUUUCCGAUCCAAUUUAUAGAGUGCCAGAACUACCGAUAUCCCUACGCGGUGCUCUCCGAGAUGUGAAAACGGAUUAUACGGUGUUAUGA